CGGCAAUAUGUACGAAGAACUAGAUCUAUAGAUCUACUAGAUCUAGAAUCUACAACAGUUUAAUAACUAAGUGAAGUCUAUAUUAGAUGUAACCAGAUUUACAUUUUGUUUGUGCUAUUUUAAGCUAGUCUAGCUAUAAACAAAAUCUACGCAGGAUAGAACAAUCAACUAAUCUAAAGCAGUUAUACUUUGGACACAGUUGUUGAGCGAUUGGCCUAUAAAUGCCACACAUCCGAAUUUGCUGCACUGUUAACACCCUACAGUCCCUCAGACACAUUGUAAAUUAUUCAUACAAUUAUGAGUGGGGCUGCACUAGAUGGUAAAAGAAAACGAAAAAGAAAGACAAAAUCUGAGAGAAAUCAAAUGUCUCGCCAUCAUCUGGAUCAAGAUAAAUUGAAUAAAAAAGACAGCAAAAAUAAAAAACAGAUUGAUCCCCAAUGUGAGCCUAAAAAAACAAUGACUUAUACUCGGCAAUCUGGAAAAGAAUCAUCUCAAUCAUGUCUCCCAUAUGGUUUUGUCAAAGCAACUGGUGGUGCCAUAACUCAAGGGAGAUUAACGAGAGCAUUGGGCAUGUUUUCAAAUUCCAAAACAUCAGAUUUGACAAAACGAGGCCCAUUGCCUGAAACAGAAGAAAUGAAGAAAAAAGUUGCAAAUGAUUUAAAACGAAUUCUCAAUUUAUCUGGCAAUAAUAAUCUAGGUGAUGGUGGAGACAAAACCAACAAUUCCUCUGCACAAAAAGCAGAUGAAGGCCAAACUACAGGUAAAAAUUCAAACGUAAUGGAAGUUGACCCACCUGCUACUAGUUCCCACACAACCUCUGUAGUCAGCAUACCAGCCUUAAGUAAACAACAAACUGAUGGUGACAAUACAGCUAUUCAUCCAGGUGUCAAAUCGCAUAGCAAAACAAAAUCAGUAUCAAAAGUCAGUGCUGAGUCUCCUGUGGUAAGUCCCUUGCCAGAAGAGGAGAUGCUGGAACCUGAGCCCCCUAUUCAAGAAAUUGCUGACAAAAUAAUGAAGGAAUUAAAACCUAAAUUUGACAAAUUGUUUCCCAAUAGAGAUAUAGAAAUGGAAAUAUGCUGUGAUCUUCAGAAACUUUUGAAACAAAGCUCUUGUAAGUCAAAAGUGCCAAUUGAAGACCAACAGUACAAGUCCACAUUUGCUUGUCAAGAUUAUCCACAAACACCCAGGUCAAAUCAAGGGUUGCCAGAUACUAGUUCUUCAACCUUGUCAGCCUGCAGGCCAUACAAGCCAGAUUGGGAAAAUAAACACUCACUGUUGAGUAACCCUCCUAAGGUGCCCCAUUUAGAAACAAGCCCUAGAGCAAUAUUCCAUAAAGGUAACAUCGGAUGCCAGGAGGAGCAUAGAGGCUUCAGCUCCUUGCCAAGCAACCUGCUAUUGUCUGACAUACCUGAGCAAGAUGAAAUAAUUCACAUAAACAUGAAUCAAGAUGAUUCUGGGGACAGUGAAGAUGAUGAUGAUGUUUCCGGCUUGUCAAUAGUUCGUUAUAAUGAAUUUAUUGCUUCAGCAAGACAACUUGAAGCUGAACAAAGACGGUUAAGACAGCUAGACAGUGCUUUUGCAGGAGCCACAUCUCAGCCUAGCUUCUAUUACCCAUACACGGACCAUCAACAUUUCAUCCACCGCUGCUGUGGUCCAGCCAAAGCUGAUGUCAACACAUGCGGACCCAGGGGUUCUUUAUCCUCUGAUAGUUGGAGGGGUUCCAGAGCAGCCAGAGUCCUAGAUUUCUCAGAGCCUGCAGGAUACACCCACAACAGAGUCGCACCACUGUCAUGUCCCAUAGGGAAUUCAAAUCCAAGCCUGUACUCAGACCACCACCAUCACCACCAUCAUCAUCAACCACAUGACCAUCACUACCACUGCUAUCAGCCAGCUUAUGUUGAUGUCAACAAUCAAAAACUACCCCAGUGCAUUUUUGGUACUGAACAAGAUGUCAGCUCUAUACCCAAACCAUUUCACCACAUGGACAGGUCUUACAGGGCCCCAUUCCUGAGUCCUUCUCAUGCGAGACAAAAGACUAGCUCAGUGACCAGGACCGGUGUAUCUCUGGCUCAGUCGAGGUACAACUUUCAAGAAGCGUUGAAUUCCGCAUGUAACAGGGCAGAUAACCCAUCAGGAUUUAUGUCUUCUGAUAACAUAGAUUGGGAUGGCUGCAGUGAUGGUCCAUGUGGGUUUCAGGAGAAAAGGUCUCACAGUCAUCCCUACCACUCUGGUCAUGCUAGUCACCUCAUGGCACGUCCUCUGUCAGAACUUCAGACGCACCAAGCAGAUUUACAGCAGCAAGCUAAAGAUUUCCUUGAUGACCUGGACAGAAGUAAAAUGAUUGACCAGCCUGACCUAACCAACCAUGCUAAACCCCAACCAAGACAGUUGUUCCAGGCGGGAUCCCCAGAUUCUAAUGGUUCACCUGUCUGGAUGUCUACCUGUUUGAUCAAAGAUUUUGGUCUGGAGGCUGCUGGCUUUGUGUAGCCACUCACCUGGAUAAGUAGAACUAGCUGUUUAACUGUAGUUAGACAUUGUAAUUAUAUUUGUAUGUGAAGCAACAUGAUUUGUAAAUAGUGAUUUUAAUUUAACAGGAAAUUGAAAAAUGUUCCAUCUUACACUUGCAGUUGAUACUGGUAUUCUAUACUGCCUUAUCUCUACUAAUAUGAUAGUUUAAUUAUAUUUCUCUGUGAUUACUUUCAGUUUACAUUUAACAGCUGUUACAAAGAUAAACAUAGUAAUUUAUUGUCAAUGCGUGUGACACUAAUCCUUUUAUUUGUAGCAAAGUAUGCUGUAAUGAGGAUAGUAGGUAAACUAACAUUUAAAAUAUUUCUAGUUAAACGAGUAUAAUUAUAUUUUUUUUUACUAGAGAUUACUUUUGUUUAUAGUUAAUAUUUUUCAACCAAUGAUAAAAAAAGCAUUAAUCUAAUUAUUACAAAAACAUCUUUGUUCUGAAAUGAUUCAUGUAACUUUAAUUUAUUUUAAAAUACCUAAAUAUAGCAAGAUGUAGAAUUAUAUUGAGUAGAAUCAGCUAAAAGAACUGCUUGAAUAACUCUGCUGUUAAAGUUUUUCUAAGCAGUCGAUGUUGACUUGUUUAAUCUGUAUACAUCACUUCAGUCAUCACUAGGCUUAGGUGUUAGUUGCUUUGUGUGAUACAACAAAUCCUGUGAUAUUUUUAUUGGUGUAAUGUCUGAAGGCUAUUUAUACUUGUUGCAUCUAUUCCAACAUUAAAACAUCUUGUGUAAAUGUGAUAGCUUUAAGUAGUCUGUGUGAUAAUUAAUAGGCUACUUUGUUUUAUACAAAUAACUAAUCAUAUAAAUACUUAUUUGUACAUGUUUAUCUUAAAUUUGGACAUUUGUAAAUAUGAUUGAAUAACCUUUGUUAUUUGGUUCUGUUUUUUUUUUCUUUUAGAUCACCUAUGAUAAUAAAUAUUUCGUUACUGGUGAGUGUUGUCUUUUUCACUGUUUGAAGUAUGUGGGACAAUGGAUUUGAUCUAGUUUAUCUA